GCCCGCCUGUGUGUGCGAGGACAUGAGUGGCGUCCCUCGCCAUGUUCUCCUCGUUGCUUUCUCGUUCCUGCUGGUCCUGUUGAGGUUUUCAAGCGAUGGCGGUGGUGCUACUUGUAGCGGUUUCGUUGUUCCCUACAGCAGCGGCAGCGGAAGGGGCGCUCCAACCGCUCAUCAGAGGGCGACCAGAAAGGUGCACCAGUACCGCACUCGCGCAGCCUAUCGUCGCCUGCAAGUGCUGUCCCUUGCCCCUCGGGCACAAAAGGCAGCAGUAGAAGGAGCACAACGAGUGGGGUCUUCCUUCGGGGCUGGGCUGUCGGGCAAGGAAGCCGUGGACCAGGCGGGGGAGAGACUGAUUCCGCUUUUCGCCGAGGUCGAUGCCCACACGAAACGCACGCUUCGUCGUGUCCUCGACACCUUCCGGGAGUUCCGGGUUGGCAGCAACGUAUUCGCAGGGGUGGACGGCUAUGGCCACGGGGACAUCGGUAGGGAGACGCUCGACAAGGUCUACGCCCGGCUUUUCGGGGCGGAGGCGGCCUUGGUACGCGUGCAGUGCUUCAGCGGCACCCACGCCAUCGCUUGCGCGCUCUUUGGCGUCUUGCGGCCGGGAGAUACCAUGCUGGCGUGCAGCGGCCGGCCGUACGACACCCUUGACGAGGUCAUCGGAACGCGCAUACCGAUGAACGAUGAAUACGCAGACGCGAGUGACCCGCUUCCUGAGGGACUCAUCGGCAACCUCAAGGAGUUCCACGUGUCCUACACGGAGGCUCGCUGGGCGGAGCGCGGGCUGGUGGUGUUCGUCGACAACUGCUACGGGGAGUUCGUAGAGGAGAAGGAGCCGUGCCACGUCGGCGCGGAUCUAAUCGCAGGGUCUCUCAUCAAGAACCCCGGGGGCACCAUCGCCAAGUCUGGGGGCUACGUCGCUGGCAAGCGGAGGCUUGUUCGGGCCGCGGCUAACCGGCUCGGUGCCCCCGGGGUGGCGGGGGGGGCGACCUUGGGGCAGAACCAGAACCUCUUCCAGGGAUUAUUUUUGGCGCCGACCAUCGUCGGCGAGAGUCUGAAAGGCGCGAUCUUGCUAGCGGAGGUGUUCGGUGGCACCUUCGGGCUCCCGACAAACCCGCCGCCACCUCCGCCGCCGGUGUUCGAUGACACGGCUGCAGACGUGAACGGCGACGCGCGAGGGGCGACGGCGGCGGCGGCGGGGGGCGGGGGCUCGGUUGGGGCCGAACUUGGAGGGGGGGGCGCAGGAGGACGGACGGACAUUGUGCAGGCCCUGGAGCUGGGGGAUCGAGAUAGGCUCAUCAAGUUCUGCGAGGCGGUGCAGUUAUUUAGUCCCGUCAAUGCCUACGUGCGACCGGUCCCGGGCGUCACGCCAGGCUACGGGGACGAGGUAAUAUUUGCCGACGGCACCUUUGUCGACGGGAGCACUCUCGAGCUCAGCUCGGACGGUCCCCUGAGGCCUCCCUACAUCGUCUUUGCCCAAGGCUGCACUCACUGGACCCACUGGGCAUUGAUAAUUGAGCAGGCGCUGUUGGCGAUGGGCUUGGUCGAGGAGUGA